GAGAGCGAGAGAGAGAGAGAGAGAGAGAGAUGUUUUAGAGAUACACCCUCACACACACUUCACGGUGAACACUCUCCCAGCCUGGAGCUCUGAGCGGCAGCUGGUCCCCGACGGACACUCUGCUACCCUGGUCCUACCCUGGUCCUGUCUGCGGUCCUACCCUGGUCCUACCUUGGUCCUCUCCUGGUCCGGUCUGCGGUCCUAGCCUGGUCCUAGCCUGGUCCUACCCUGGUCCUACCCUGGUCCGGUCUGCGGUCCUACCCUGGUCCGGUCUGGAGGUCUGGAGGUCUACAGGAGGAUGAUGGAGACCUCCACCCUGCUGGACCCCGUGGAGAACCUGACCUGGGGCCCCUCCGACCCCCGGGGGCCCGGCGAGGAGGAGGAGGAGGGGGAGGGGGAGGGGGAGCCGGGCGGGGGGGCCCUGCGUGCGCUGGUCGGGGGCGUCCUCCUGCUGCUCAUCGUCUCCACGUUGCUAGGCAACAUGCUGGUGUGCGCGGCGGUGCUGCGGUUCCGCCCCCUGCGCUGCAAGGUGACCAACGUGUUCGUGGUGUCGCUCGCCGUGUCCGACCUGCUGCUGGCGCUGCUGGUGAUGCCCCCGGAGGCGGUCACCACGGUGACGGGCCGCUGGCUGCUGGGGGGCUUCUGCAGCGUGUGGAUCGCCUGUGACAUCAUGUGCUCCACGGCGUCCAUCCUGAACCUGGUGGUCAUCAGCCUGGACCGCUACUGGGCCAUCGCCAGCCCCUUCCGCUACGAGCGCCGCAUGACGCACCGCGUGGCCUUCCUGCUAGUGGGCGCCCUCUGGGGCCUCUCGCUGCUCAUCUCCUUCGUCCCCGUGCACCUGGACUGGCACCGGGCCGCCGAGGAGGGCGCUGGGUGGGGCGGGGCCGCGGCCCCGGGGCCCGCCGAGGGAGGGGGGGGGAACCGGACGGGGGGCCCAGGGCUCAGGGCCGCCGCCGCCACCGCCGCCGCCGCCGCCGACAGCUGCGUGGCCAACCUCAGCAAGACGUACGCCAUCGCCUCGUCGCUGGUCAGCUUCUACGUCCCGGUGGGCGUGAUGCUGGCCACCUACACCCGCAUCUACCGCAUCGCCCAGACCCAGAUCCGACGCAUCGCGGCGCUGGAGCGCGUGGCGGGGCGGGGGGGCGGGGCCCGGGACCUCAGGACCUCCUUCAGGAGGGAGACCAAGGUGCUGAAGACGCUGUCGGUCAUCAUGGGCGUGUUCGUGGGCUGCUGGUCGCCCUUCUUCCUGCUCAACACCACGCUGCCCUUCUGCCAGCCCGCCUGCGUCAGCGACACCACCUUCACCGUGGCCGCCUGGUUCGGAUGGGCCAACUCCUCCCUCAACCCCGUCAUCUACGCCUUCAACGCAGACUUCCGCCGCGCGUUCUCCACCCUGCUGGGCUGCGGGGGCGUGUCCUCCAGCACCGCCGUGGAGGCGUUGAACCUCAGCAACGAGCUGGUGUCCUGCCCCCCCGACACCACCCUCCACCCCGACACCACCCUCCACCCCGACGCCGCCCUCCACCCCGACACCACCCUCCACCCGGACACCGCCCUCCACCGGGACACCGCCCUUCCCAGGGACACCGCCCUCCACCCCGACACCACCCUCCACCGGGACACCGCCCUCCACCGGGACACCACCCUCCACCGGGACACCGCCCUCCACCGGGACACCACCCUCCACCGGGACACCGCCCUUCCCAGGGACUCCCCGCUGCACCCGUACUCCACCGCCGGCCCCCCCACCUGCUCCGCCAGCCCCGCCUCCCUGGGGUCCGCCUCCUGUCAUCGGCGCAAGGACCGCCUCCCGCUGCACACCCUGGCCCCGCCCCCUGGGGAACCCCUGGCCCUGCCCCCGGGGGACCCCCUGGGGGGGACCGGAGAACUGAGGACCUGA